GGAUGUAAAUCGCCUUGAUGAACUCCCCGACUACAUGAAGUUGUGUUUUCGUGUUAUGUACAAUGAAGUCAAUAGCAUUGGACGUUAUAUUCUCAGGAAAAAAAAUAUCAACGUGAUCACGUUUCUUAAAAAGUCUUGGACAGAUCUAUGCAAAGCAUAUUUAGUAGAAGCAAAGUGGUACAGAAGAAAGUACAAACCAAAUCUGGAGGAGUACAUGCACAAUGCUUGGAUUUCAGUAUCAAUCCCAACGAUAUAUGUUCACUUCUACUGCGUAUACUCCGACCAACUCUCUAGUCAGGUCUUGGAGACUUUGUCCCAACAUCAGCAAAACAUUGUCCGAUGCUCUGCCUCUGUGGUUCGUCUAGCCAACGAUUUUGCAACCUCACAAGAUGAAUUGGCGAGAGGAGACGUCUAUAAAUCCAUCCAGUGCUACAUGAAUGAGACCGGAGCUUCAGAGGAGAAGGCGUGUUUGUACUUGCGGCAAAUGAUUCAGGACUUGUGGGAUGAGAUGAAUAACGAGAAAAUGGCUCAUCAUAGUUCUUGGCUACUCCAUCAUGAUUUUAUAGAAACUGUCAUGAAUUUGACACGCAUGUCACAAUGCAUGUAUCAAUAUGGCGAUGGCCAUGGCUCUCCUCAAAAAGCCAAAAUUGUUGAUCGUGUCAUGUCCUUGCUCUUCAAUCCCGUUCCUUUAGACUGAGUGUGGCAUAAUUACAUGUAAUACCACAUAUUGUUUUUAAACAAGAGCAUAAUUAGAUGUUAUUACAUGUAACAACAUGUUUUAUCUAUAAAUUUGUAUUUUUCUAUU